AUGACUAUUUUAGAUCUGUCAAACAAUAAAAUUACUCAUUUUUCUGAUGGAAUAUUCUUGCAUUUAGAAAAUUUACAGAUUUUGUAUAUUCAGAACAAUGAAAUCCUUCCAAUUCCUGGAAUGUUUCGCGGAUUGUUUAAUAUCAAAUGGCUUCAUGUGGAUGUUUUCUCUAUAUGCUGUGCAAAACCACAAAGCAUCAAUGUUGUAAAAUGUGUUGCUCCUCAAAAUGAACUAUCUUCGUGUGAUCAGCUUAUCAAUGUUCCUAUUCUGAAUGUUGGUAUUUGGUAUAUAGCUCUUCUUGCAACUUUUGGUAAUAUUGUUGCAUUUAUAAGUAGCUUUACAACAUUUCAGAAAACUACAAUUUCCUAUUUUACUUUUUGCAGAAAUUUGAGUGUUGCCGAUUUUCUAAUGGGUUUAUAUCUAUAUAUCAUAGCAAUAAUGAAUUUGGUUUAUAUUGGGAACUAUGGAUUAAAUGAUUAUGCAUGGCGACAUAGUGGACUCUGUAAAUUUGCUGGGAUCUUAGCAACAACAUCUAGUGAGGCAUCAACGCUUUUUGUUUUAUUGAUUACGAUAGAUAGAGUAAUAUCUAUUAAAUACCCCUUUUUCCAAAGACAGAGAGGUUUCACCCUCGGACUAACUCUAUUAUCUUGGGUUGUUGCUAUUUUUAUAUCUGUGGCUCCUAUUUUGCUGGAAGAGGUGCCAUUCUUUGCAGAUUUUUAUUCCAAAUCUCCCAUCUGCAUAUCUCUGCCAUUAUCAGUCCGUAGGCAAACUGGUUGGCAAUAUUCUAUGGUUAUUUUUGUUGGUUUUAAUUUCAUAAUUUUUCUCGCUAUUGCUGUUGGUCAAAUAGUGAUUCUCACGGAAGUCAUGAAAUCUAGCAGAGUGUGUCACUCUUCAAAUGUCCGUCAUAGGGAGGUAGCUUUAGCCAAGUCUGUUGUUUCCGUCGUUUUGACUGAUCUACUUUGCUGGAUACCUAUAGGAAUCAUUGGUAUGCUGACGUUUUACGGCAUUGAUGUAUCACAAGAUGCGUAUGCUUGGAUAAUUGUACUGGUUUUGCCUGUUAAUUCUGCACUCAACCCGAUGUUGUACACACUUUCGACUAUUGUACGAGAAAGAAGGCGAAGUAAGUUUGAGAGGAAUCUGGAAGACCAUUUUGAGGUCUGCCAAACCAAUUAUAAGGCCUGCCACGAAGAGGUCAACCACAAGCAAAGAGGCUAG